GGCUUAUCUUUUUUACUUGAAACACACACACACACACACACACACACAAUUACUCAUUUCAAUGGCACUCUCUUCUGCAAUUUCCUCUUUGGAAGAAACUGCCAUUAAAGUCGAAGAUCCUGGAUUACCAGAGAUGAAGGUAAUCGGAACCCAAGGUCUGAGAAAGCAGAUUCUCAGGAAAGGAAACUCAUGGCAGACUCCAUUUCCCGGGGAUGAAGUGGAAGUUCUUUUCAGCGGGUGCAUUGAGGGCGGGGAUUGUCUCUAUCCGAGUCGUGAUAAAGGAACUCCCUUUCGUUUUAAAUUAGGCCAAAAUGAAGUUAUAAAAGGAUGGGAUGAAGGGGUCUUGACCAUGAAAAAGGGUGAGAGAGCAAUCUUCACAAUACCACCAAACUUGGCCUAUGGGGAACUCGGCUCUCCACCCCUGAUUCCUCCCAAUUCAACUCUCAUUUUUGAUAUUGAAAUGCUGUCUUGGACCACUAUCAGAGACAUAACUGGUGAUGGAGGAAUACUGAAGAAGAUAACGAAGGAGGGUGAAGGAUGGGCCACUCCAAGAGAAGCUGAUCAAGUGCUAGUGAAGUAUGAGGCACGACUUGAGAAUGGAACAGUUGUCUCCAAAUCUGAGAAAGGCGUGGAGUUUAAUGUAGGUGAUGAAACAGAUUGUCUCUGCCCUGCCUUGAGCAAAGCAGUGAAGACAAUGAGAAGGGGCGAGAAAGCGGAACUAGCUGUGAAGUUCUCUUAUGGCUUGAGACAAAACAGAAAUGAAGCUACAGAGAUUGACAACGGUGUCCCUUCUGAUUCUAAUUUAUCCAUCGAACUUGAGCUUUUGUCCUGGAAAAGUGUUGUUGAUGUCACCGGAGAUAAGAAGGUUCUCAAAAAGAUCAUGAAAGCUGGUGAAGGUUUUGACCGUCCUAAUGAAGGAUCCUUGGUAAAAGUUAUAUACUUGGGAAAACUUAAAGACGGAACCAUUUUCGAGAGGAAGGGAUCAAAUGAAGAACCUUUUGAGUUCACAACCCUGGAAGAACAGAUCAAUGAGGGUUUGGACAGAGCAAUCAUGACUAUGAAAAGAGGAGAACAAGCGGUAGUGACUGUCAGCUCAGAACAUGUGGAUAGCAAUGACGUUUCUGGAAUUGCAAAAGAAGAGCUCGUUUAUGAAGUCGAGCUGAUCGACUUCAUUAAGGAUAAACCGUUUUGGAAGAUGGAGACUGAAGAGAAAAUAGAAGCAUGUGAAAGGAAGAAAAGUGAUGGAAAUGUUUUGUUUAAGACUGGGAAGUUUUGGCGUGCCUCUAGGAAGUAUGAGAAGGCUGCAAAGUAUGUUGAGUUUGACCAUAAUUUCACUGAUGACGAGAAGUCUACUGCAAAUGCCCUAUGGUUGUCAUGUAAUUUGAACAAUGCUGCUUGUAAACUCAAGCUGGGGGAAUACCUUGAAGCUUCAAAACUAUGCACAAAGGUCCUAGAACGUGAUCCAUGCAAUGUCAAAGCUCUGUACAGACGAUCCCAAGCAUACCUGAAAAUUUCUGAGCUAGAGAAAGCAGAGGCUGAUCUUAAGAAAAUUCUAACCAUUGAUCCAAAUAAUAGAGACGUGAAGCUCGUUUGCAAAGAGUUAAAAAAUAAGCAAAGGGAAUACAGUAGAUAUCAAGCUGAGAUUUUCAGCACAAUGCUUUCAAGAAUGGGAUAGCUAGCUAAAACUAUUAACAUCUUGUCUAGUAUUAGAAGCAAACCUUCGCCGGUGCUGGAGUCAGAUUGGAGUAAUUUCUUUCGUUCAUUUGGCACCAACUAAUUUCAUGUGGUGGCUCAAUGUAUGUUAAGUACUAGCCUUGUAUUGUUCUAUUCAUGAUAUGAAACAUGUUCUCUACUA